AUGACCCGAGAUGCUGAGGGUAAUCUGCCAAUACCUCAUACUUCCGGACAGAUUCCAUACGCCCAAAGGACCCUGGAAAUUGCUGCCGCAGAAGGAGCACCACCGACUCUGGCCCGACUUUACAAGUUGACCCACCAGCAUGCCGAUGGAACUUUCUCUCAUCCUCGAGCAGAGCAGCUCUGCAACGAUGUAGAUGCUCGGAUUCAAGAGGUCCAGACUCAGCUGACGCAAGAAAAUCCGGAUGGUGCACCGGUCGAGCUUUCUCCUAUCGAACAAGACAAAAUUUUUGAGCAGAUCGCUCCGAAGAAAAGGGGACGUAUACCAGGAAUCGGGAGUGUGAACGAUGUUCCGAGGGCGAGAGUUGAACACGCUGCUAGACGGGAAGCAGAUUCCAUGUUCCGGAGGGACUUGGAAACUGCGAACCGAACCAUAGCCGACCACAACGACAAAUUUAAGGCUAUGGCUAACAUCUUCGAUAUGCUGUUAGGUUCAACCCCACACGUCGACCCGACGGUUGCGUCAGCGUGGCAGAGCAUGCGUUCGAGUUUUGCCGGUCCCGACCCUACUCCGGAACAGCAGGCAAAUUUGGAACGGGAAGCGGAUGAGAGGACUGCUGAAAUCUUCGAUGAAAUAAACCUUAAUGUUUAG